AUGCAAAAUGACGAUGGUACACAAAGCUUAACUGACGUACUGUCGCACACUAGUGAGGUUUUGGCCGGGUCGCAAAAGUGUGCUCUCAUACCCAAUCGUUCACACCUCAGGCAUGCAGAAACUAGCUUGCACGGUGACUUACCUGGAGACGGUUUGGGUCUUACUCAGACGGUCAAACAUCUCUUGAAAGAUAUCACCCCGGCCUUGAGCGCUGCUAGCUUGUCUCCAAAUUACUAUGGUUUCGUCACUGGUGGCACGACUCCGGCAGCUCAUGCCGCCGACAUCUUAGUAUCUUUAUAUGAUCAAAAUCCACUCGUGCAUCUGCCUGACCAGACCAUUGCAACCACAGUUGAAAAUCACGCGUUGAGCUUAUUGAUGCAACUGCUCCGUUUUGAUCGCUCCCAAUGGAGCGGUGUGUUUUCCACUGGGGCUACCGCCAGUAAUGUGCUUGGUCUGGCGUUGGCCCGAGAAUAUACAGUCAAUGAAGCAAUCAAACGCCGCGGUGGCUCCGAGAAUGUGGCAAGCAUCGGCCUCUUGCAGGCGUGCGACGCAGCUGGAAUUGAGUCGAUCGAUGUUUACUCGACAAUGCCUCAUUCGUCGUUGCUCAAAGCAGCAAGUAUCGUUGGAAUUGGACGAUCCCACGUUCAUGAUGUCUCUCAAGGUGAAGAAGAUCUUCACUUCGACAUGGGUAAAUUGGCAGACUGUUUGUCUCGCAAGGGCCAGAAGGCCGCCUCCAUAAUUGUCAUAUCUGCUGGUGAGGUAAAUUCUGGUCUGUUCGCCACCAAGGAUUUCGAGGACGUGCAGUCAAUCCGAGAUUUGUGUGACAAACACAACGCAUGGCUGCAUGUAGAUGGAGCUUUUGGCAUCUUCGCGAGGAUACUCCCUAGGAAUGCAGCCACCGAGUAUGUCAUACAAGGAGCCGAAGGCCUUGAGCUAGCAGACUCUAUUGCGGGUGACGGACACAAAAUGCUGAAUGUCCCUUACGACUGUGGCUUCUUUCUCACUCGUCACGCAAGUCUUUCUCAAGAGGUGUUCCAAAACUCCAAUGCUUCUUAUCUGACAGCCGGCGGUCACGGCAUCGUAUCGCCUCUGAACAUAAGUAUUGAAAAUUCCCGUAGAUUUAGAGGCCUUCCAGUGUAUACCAAUCUAGUAGCGUACGGUCUCCAUGGGUACAGGGACAUGCUUUGGAGGCAGAUGAGCCUUGCUCGAGAGAUAGCAAAAUACCUUUUCCAUCAUGAUGCGUUUCAGCUCCUGCCUGACUGUCUGUACCGCUCUGACGACGACAUCGAACGAAAUGUAUUCAUGAUAGUUCUUUUCAGAGCGAAGGACGAAGUAUUAAACAAAGAACUUCCAACUCGGAUUAAUCAGACUUCGAGAUUAUACGUCUCGGGAACCAGAUGGAACUCGGAAGAUGCAUGCCGGUUUGCAGUGGCUAAUUGGCAAGUCAAACCAAAAGAGGAUUCGGAACUGGUGCAGGAUGUGCUCGAUAACAUUGUCAACGACUGGACUACCCUUCAUUAA